AACAAUAGAGACAGGCAGAGGAGCGAGGAGAGCCAGCUGCCGCUGUUAGGGGAAAGCGGGCGCCGAGGCAGCCCAAACCCCGGUUCCCGGCCCCGGCCACACAGCAGGCGGCCAGCGCCCCCAGGGAAGGGGUACCAUGGGGGAGCCGGCGGCAGGCGCCCCCAGCCCGCCGCGCGCCUCCGCCUGAGGGAAGCUAGGCGUCUUCUGUCCUAACCCCGCCGCCUCAGCAGCCCGCCCUCGAAGCCCGGAGUCCGCCAGGUUUGCGGCCGUGGCCGCUGCGCUCCGCGCCCUCCAUCCGGAGCAGCCCUCGGCCUCAGGCUUCCCCAGCCCCGGGCUGCCCGCGUACGCCCUCUCCCAGUCAUGAACCCCCCAGAGGGGGCAGCGGAGGAAGGAGGAGCAGCCGACUCGGACGUGGACGCCUUUUUCCGGACAGGGUCUUUUCGGAAUGAUGGUUUGAAAGCUUCUGAUGUCCUUCCCAUCCUAAAGGAAAAAGUGGCCUUCGUGUCUGGGGGCCGUGAUAAGCGAGGUGGACCCAUCCUGACCUUCCCUGCUCGCAGCAAUCAUGACAGAAUAAGACAGGAAGACCUGCGGAAACUCGUGACGUAUUUGGCCAGUGUGCCAAGUGAGGACGUGUGCAAACGUGGCUUCACCGUCAUCAUCGACAUGCGGGGCUCCAAGUGGGACCUCAUCAAGCCCCUUCUCAAGACGCUGCAGGAAGCCUUUCCAGCCGAGAUCCAUGUGGCCCUCAUCAUCAAACCCGAUAACUUCUGGCAGAAGCAGAAGACCAACUUUGGCAGCUCCAAAUUUAUCUUUGAGACGAGCAUGGUGUCCGUGGAGGGCCUGGCGAAGCUGGUGGACCCCUCCCAGCUGACGGAGGAGUUUGAUGGCUCGCUGGACUACAACCAUGAGGAGUGGAUCGAGCUGCGGCUCUCCCUGGAGGAGUUCUUCAACAGCGCUGUGCACCUGCUCUCACGCCUUGAGGACCUGCAGGAGAUGCUGGCCCGGAAGGAGUUCCCCGUGGAUGUGGAGGGCUCGAGGCGGCUCAUCGAUGAGCACACGCAGCUCAAGAAGAAGGUGCUGAAGGCCCCCGUGGAGGAGCUAGACCGGGAGGGGCAGCGGCUGCUGCAGUGCAUCCGCUGCAGCGACGGCUUCUCAGGGCGCAACUGCAUCCCGGGCAGUGCUGACUUCCAGAGCCUGGUGCCCAAGAUCACCAGCCUCCUGGACAAGUUGCACUCCACACGGCAGCACCUGCACCAGAUGUGGCAUGUACGCAAGCUCAAGCUAGACCAGUGUUUCCAGCUGCGGCUCUUCGAGCAGGAUGCCGAGAAGAUGUUUGACUGGAUAAGCCACAACAAGGAGUUAUUCCUCCAGAGCCACACGGAGAUCGGAGUCAGCUACCAGCAUGCCCUGGACCUCCAGACGCAGCACAAUCACUUUGCCAUGAACUCCAUGAAUGCCUACGUCAACAUCAACCGCAUCAUGUCGGUGGCUUCCCGUCUCUCUGAGGCUGGCCACUAUGCCUCACAGCAAAUCAAGCAGAUUUCCACGCAGCUGGACCAGGAGUGGAAGAGCUUUGCCGCUGCCCUGGACGAACGCAGCACCAUCCUCGCCAUGUCCGCGGUGUUCCACCAGAAGGCCGAGCAGUUCCUGUCAGGAGUGGACGCCUGGUGCAAGAUGUGCAGCGAAGGUGGCCUGCCAUCUGAGAUGCAGGACCUGGAGCUGGCGAUCCACCACCACCAGUCCUUGUAUGAGCAGGUGACCCAAGCCUACACGGAGGUCAGCCAGGAUGGCAAAGCGCUGCUGGAUGUGCUGCAGCGCCCCCUGAGUCCUGGAAACUCUGAGUCCCUCACAGCCACAGCCAAUUACUCCAAGGCGGUGCACCAGGUGCUGGACGUGGUGCACGAGGUGCUGCACCACCAGCGGCGGCUCGAAAGCAUCUGGCAGCACCGCAAGGUGCGGCUCCACCAGCGGCUGCAGCUCUGCGUCUUCCAGCAGGAUGUACAGCAGGUGUUGGACUGGAUUGAAAACCAUGGGGAGGCCUUUCUCAGCAAACACACUGGGGUUGGAAAGUCCCUGCAUCGAGCCCGGGCCCUACAGAAGAGGCAUGAUGACUUUGAAGAGGUGGCUCAGAAUACCUACACCAAUGCGGACAAGCUCCUAGAAGCAGCGGAGCAGUUGGCUCAGACCGGGGAAUGUGACCCCGAGGAGAUCUACAAGGCAGCUCGGCACCUGGAGGUGCGCAUCCAAGACUUCGUGCGCAGGGUGGAGCAGCGGAAGCUUCUCUUGGAUAUGUCUGUCUCCUUCCACACACACACCAAAGAGCUGUGGACAUGGAUGGAAGACCUGCAGAAGGAGAUGCUGGAGGAUGUCUGUGCAGACUCUGUGGAUGCAGUCCAGGAACUGAUCAAGCAGUUCCAGCAGCAGCAGACAGCCACUCUGGAUGCCACGCUCAAUGUCAUCAAGGAAGGCGAAGACCUUAUCCAGCAGCUCAGGUCAGCGCCUCCCUCCCUGGGGGAGCCCGGCGAGGCCAGGGACUCAGCUAUGUCCAACAACAAGACGCCCCAUAGUAGCUCCAUCAGCCACAUCGAGUCAGUCCUGCAGCAGCUCGACGACGCCCAGGUGCAGAUGGAGGAGCUGUUCCAUGAGCGCAAGAUCAAGCUGGACAUCUUCCUGCAGCUGCGCAUCUUUGAGCAGUAUACCAUUGAGGUGACAGCAGAGCUGGAUGCCUGGAAUGAGGACUUGCUCCGGCAGAUGAAUGACUUCAACACGGAGGACCUGACCCUGGCGGAGCAGCGGCUGCAACGCCACACGGAGCGGAAGCUGGCCAUGAACAACAUGACCUUUGAGGUCAUCCAGCAGGGCCAGGAUCUGCACCAGUACAUCAUGGAGGUCCAGGCUUCAGGAAUUGAAUUAAUCUGUGAGAAGGACAUUGAUCUGGCAGCCCAGGUGCAAGAGCUACUGGAGUUUCUCCAUGAGAAGCAGCAUGAGUUGGAGCUCAAUGCGGAGCAGACCCAUAAGCGGCUAGAACAGUGUCUCCAACUUCGGCACCUCCAGGCUGAGGUCAAACAGGUCCUGGGAUGGAUCCGCAACGGGGAGUCGAUGCUCAACGCCAGCCUGGUCAAUGCCAGCUCCUUGUCUGAAGCAGAGCAACUUCAGCGGGAGCACGAGCAGUUCCAACUGGCCAUCGAGUCCCUCUUUCAUGCCACUUCCUUGCAGAAGACGCACCAGAGCGCCCUGCAGGUACAGCAGAAAGCUGAGGCGUUGCUCCAGGCUGGCCACUAUGAUGCUGACGCCAUUCGAGAAUGUGCUGAGAAGGUGGCUCUCCACUGGCAGCAGCUCAUGCUGAAGAUGGAAGACAGGCUAAAACUGGUCAAUGCCUCUGUGGCCUUUUACAAAACUUCUGAGCAGGUUUGCAGUGUCCUAGAGAGUUUAGAACAAGAAUACCGGAGAGAUGAAGACUGGUGUGGUGGACGAGAUAAACUGGGGCCAGCCGCAGAGAUCGACCAUGUCAUUCCACUCAUCAGCAAACAUCUGGAACAAAAAGAGGCCUUUCUGAAGGCCUGCACCCUGGCCCGGCGGAACGCCGAGGUGUUCCUCAAGUACAUCCACAGGAACAACGUCAGCAUGCCCAGUGUCGCCAGCCACACGCGGGGCCCGGAGCAGCAAGUGAAAGCCAUCUUGAGUGAGCUCUUGCAGAGGGAGAAUCGUGUCCUGCACUUCUGGACCUUGAAGAAGCGGAGGUUAGACCAGUGCCAGCAGUACGUGGUGUUUGAGCGCAGCGCUAAGCAGGCACUGGAUUGGAUCCAAGAAACAGGUGAAUAUUACCUCUCAACACAUACCUCCACUGGAGAAACUACAGAAGAGACUCAGGAACUGCUGAAAGAGUAUGGGGAAUUCAGGGUGCCCGCCAAGCAAACAAAGGAGAAGGUCAAGCUUCUGAUUCAACUGGCUGAUAGCUUUGUGGAAAAAGGCCAUAUUCAUGCCACAGAGAUCAGAAAAUGGGUGACCACGGUGGACAAGCACUACAGAGACUUCUCACUGAGGAUGGGGAAGUACCGGUACUCCCUGGAGAAGGCCCUGGGGGUCAACACAGAGGAUAACAAGGACCUGGAGCUGGACAUCAUCCCAGCAAGCCUCUCAGAUCGUGAGGUCAAGCUACGGGACGCCAACCAUGAAGUCAACGAAGAGAAGCGCAAGUCAGCCCGAAAGAAAGAAUUCAUUAUGGCUGAACUGCUCCAGACAGAGAAGGCUUAUGUAAGGGACUUGCAUGAGUGCUUGGAGACCUACCUGUGGGAAAUGACCAGUGGGGUGGAGGAGAUCCCCCCUGGGAUCCUUAAUAAAGAGCAUAUCAUCUUUGGCAACAUCCAGGAGAUCUACGAUUUUCAUAACAACAUCUUCCUCAAAGAGCUGGAGAAAUACGAGCAGCUGCCUGAGGAUGUGGGACACUGCUUUGUUACCUGGGCAGACAAAUUUCAGAUGUAUGUCACCUACUGUAAAAACAAGCCUGAUUCCAACCAGUUGAUAUUGGAGCAUGCAGGCACCUUCUUUGACGAGAUACAGCAGCGGCAUGGUCUGGCCAACUCCAUCUCUUCCUACCUGAUUAAGCCUGUCCAGAGGAUCACCAAGUACCAACUGCUCCUGAAGGAACUUUUAACUUGCUGUGAAGAAGGGAAAGGGGAGCUCAAGGAUGGCCUGGAAGUGAUGCUCAGUGUCCCAAAGAAAGCCAAUGAUGCCAUGCAUGUCAGCAUGUUGGAAGGGUUCGACGAGAACCUGGAUGUGCAGGGGGAGUUGAUUCUCCAGGAUGCCUUUCAAGUGUGGGACCCGAAGUCGCUGAUCCGGAAGGGGCGGGAACGGCAUUUGUUCCUCUUUGAGAUCUCCUUGGUUUUUAGCAAAGAGAUUAAAGACUCUUCAGGACACACAAAAUAUGUUUACAAGAACAAGCUACUGACCUCAGAGCUGGGUGUGACCGAGCACGUAGAGGGCGAUCCCUGCAAAUUUGCCUUGUGGUCUGGGCGCACCCCGUCCUCAGACAAUAAAACAGUGCUGAAAGCCUCCAACAUUGAAACCAAGCAGGAGUGGAUCAAGAACAUACGAGAGGUGAUUCAAGAGAGGAUCAUUCACCUGAAAGGAGCUUUAAAGGAGCCAAUUCAGCUCCCCAAAACACCAGCCAAACAGAGGAACAAUAGUAAGAGGGAUGGAGUGGAGGAUGCUGACAGCCAGGGGGAUGGGAGCAGCCAGCCAGACACCAUCUCCAUUGCCUCUAGGACCUCUCAGAACACAGUGGACAGUGACAAGCUCUCCGGUGGCUGUGAGUUGACCGUGGUUCUCCAGGACUUCAGCGCGGGCCACAGCAGCGAGCUGACCAUCCAGGUGGGGCAGACAGUGGAGCUGCUGGAGCGGCCCAGCGAGCGGCCAGGCUGGUGUCUCGUCCGCACCACGGAACGGAGUCCCCCCCAGGAGGGCCUGGUGCCCAGCAGCGCCCUGUGCAUCUCCCAUUCCCGAAGCAGCGUGGAGAUGGACUGCUUCUUCCCCUUGGUGAAAGAUGCAUACUCUCAUUCCUCAAGCGAGAACGGAGGCAAGUCUGAGUCAGUGGCCAAUCUGCAGUCUCAGCCCUCCCUGAACUCCAUCCACAGUUCCCCUGGUCCCAAGCGUUCCACGAACACCCUUAAGAAGUGGCUGACCAGUCCCGUGCGCCGGCUCAACAGUGGGAAGGCAGAAGGAAACAUCAAAAAGCAGAAGAAAGUACGCGAUGGUCGGAAGAGCUUUGACCUGGGAUCACCCAAGCCCGGGGACGAGACAACCCCUCAAGGAGACAGUGCUGAUGAGAAGAGCAAGAAGGGUUGGGGUGAAGAUGAGCCAGAUGAAGAGUCACACACACCCCUCCCUCCACCCAUGAAGAUCUUUGACAAUGACCCCACGCAGGAUGAGAUGUCCUCCUCUUUGCUAGCAGCCCGGCAGGCCUCCACUGAAGUACCUACUGCUGCCGACCUUGUCAGUGCAAUAGAAAAGUUGGUCAAAAGCAAGCUGAGUCUAGAAGGAGGCUCAUACCGGGGGAGCUUGAAAGACCCUGCAGGCUGUCUGAAUGAGGGGAUGACCCCACCCACACCUCCUAGAAACCUGGAAGAGGAACAGAGAGCCAAAGCACUGAGAGGCAGGAUGUUUGUCCUGAAUGAGCUGGUACAGACAGAAAAAGACUAUGUCAAGGAUCUGGGGAUUGUGGUGGAGGGCUUCAUGAAGAGAAUAGAAGAAAAGGGUGUCCCUGAGGACAUGCGAGGAAAGGAUAAAAUCGUGUUUGGAAAUAUUCACCAGAUUUAUGACUGGCAUAAAGAUUUUUUUCUGGCUGAACUGGAAAAAUGUAUCCAGGAGCAAGACAGAUUGGCACAGCUCUUUAUUAAACAUGAGCGGAAGCUGCAUAUCUACGUGUGGUACUGCCAGAACAAGCCGCGCUCCGAGUACAUCGUUGCUGAGUACGACGCCUACUUUGAAGAGGUAAAGCAGGAGAUAAAUCAAAGGCUGACUCUUAGUGACUUCCUCAUCAAGCCCAUUCAGAGAAUAACAAAAUACCAGUUGCUCCUCAAGGACUUCCUGAGAUACAGUGAGAAGGCUGGUUUGGAGUGUUCAGAUAUCGAGAAAGCAGUGGAGUUAAUGUGCCUUGUUCCAAAACGCUGCAAUGACAUGAUGAAUCUGGGACGCCUGCAGGGCUUUGAGGGCACCCUGACCGCUCAGGGGAAGCUGCUGCAGCAGGACACGUUCUACGUGAUCGAGCUGGAUGCAGGCAUGCAGUCCCGGACCAAGGAGAGGCGCGUGUUCCUCUUUGAGCAAAUUGUCAUCUUCAGUGAAUUGCUCAGGAAGGGCUCCCUCACCCCAGGCUACAUGUUCAAAAGGAGCAUCAAGAUGAAUUACUUGGUCCUGGAGGGUAACGUAGACAAUGACCCCUGCAAGUUUGCUCUCAUGAACAGGGAGACUUCAGAGAGGGUGAUUCUGCAAGCCGCCAAUGCUGACAUCCAGCAGGCCUGGGUGCAGGACAUCAAUCAAGUCUUAGAGACACAGCGAGACUUCUUAAAUGCACUACAGUCGCCCAUUGAGUAUCAGCGGAAAGAAAGGAGCACAGCUGUGAUGAGGUCCCAGCCCACUAGGGCUCCCCAAGCCAGCCCCAGGCCUUACUCCUCUGUCCCCGUGGGCUCUGAAAAGCCCCCAAAGGGCUCCAGCUACAACCCACCUCUGCCACCCCUGAAGAUACCUACCUCCAAUGGCAGUCCAGGGUUCGACUACCACCAGCCUGGGGACAAGUAUGAGGCUAGCAAGAACGAUCUGGGAGGCUGCAAUGGGACCUCAUCCAUGGCCGUGAUCAAAGAUUACUAUGCACUAAAGGAGAACGAAAUCUGUGUGAGCCAAGGUGAGGUGGUCCAGGUCCUCGCCGUCAACCAGCAGAACAUGUGCCUGGUGCACCAGCCGGCCAGCGACCAUUCCCCCGCAGCCGAGGGCUGGGUCCCAGGCAGCAUCCUGGCACCCCUCACCAAAGCCACGGCCGCAGCAGAAAAUAGUGACGGGAGCAUCAAGAAGUCAUGUUCAUGGCAUACCCUACGCAUGAGAAAGCGGGCGGAAGUGGAGAGCACGGGUAAAAAUGAAGCCACAGGGCCUCGUAAACCCAAGGAUAUUCUGGGCAACAAAGUCUCUGUUAAAGAGACGAACAGUUCCGAGGAGUCCGAGUGUGAUGAGCUUGACCCUAAUACUAGCAUGGAGAUCUUGAAUCCAAAUUUCAUCCAAGAAGUGGCCCCAGAGUUCCUUGUGCCCCUAGUGGAUGUGACCUGCUUACUUGGGGACACCGUGGCACUGCAGUGCAAAGUCUGUGGGCGGCCAAAGCCCACCAUCACCUGGAAAGGUCCAGACCAGAACAUCCUCGACACUGACAACAGCUCAGCCACAUACACUGUCUCCUCCUGUGAUUCUGGUGAAAUCACCCUGAAGAUCUGCAAUCUGAUGCCCCAGGACAGCGGGAUUUAUACCUGUAUAGCAACAAAUGACCAUGGGACCGCAUCAACGUCUGCUACAAUUAAAGUGCAAGGUGUCCCAGCUGCCCCUAACCGGCCCAUCGCCCAAGAGAGAAGCUGCACCUCGGUGAUUCUCCGCUGGCUGCCUCCCUCCAGCACGGGAAACUGCACAAUUUCCGGUUACACCGUAGAGUACAAAGAAGAAGGGUCCCAGGUUUGGCAGCAGUCGGUAGCUUCCACCUUGGACACGUACCUCGUCAUUGAAGACCUCAGUCCUGGGUGUCCGUAUCAGUUCAGAGUCAGUGCCAGCAAUCCCUGGGGGAUCAGCCUUCCCAGCGAGCCCUCGGAGUUCGUGCGACUUCCAGAAUACGAUGCUGCUGCUGAUGGUGCCACCAUUUCUUGGAAGGAAAAUUUUGAUUCAGCUUAUACAGAGCUGAAUGAAAUUGGAAGAGGCCGUUUCUCCAUAGUAAAGAAGUGCAUUCACAAAGCUACCCGCAAAGAUGUUGCUGUGAAAUUCAUCAGCAAAAAAAUGAAGAAGAAAGAGCAAGCUGCCCAUGAGGCCGCCCUCCUUCAGCACCUGCAGCACCCCCAGUACAUCACUCUCCACGACACCUAUGAGUCCCCCACUUCCUACAUCCUGAUUUUAGAACUGAUGGAUGAUGGCCGGCUCUUAGAUUACCUUAUGAAUCAUGAUGAGCUGAUGGAGGAAAAAGUAGCUUUCUACAUCCGAGACAUCAUGGAAGCUCUGCAGUACCUUCACAACUGCAGGGUCGCGCAUUUGGACAUAAAGCCUGAAAACCUGCUCAUAGACCUACGGAUUCCAGUGCCUCGAGUGAAGCUCAUCGACUUGGAGGAUGCUGUCCAGAUCUCAGGUCACUUCCAUAUCCACCACCUGCUGGGGAACCCUGAGUUUGCUGCCCCAGAAGUGAUCCAAGGCAUCCCUGUCUCCCUGGGCACUGACAUCUGGAGCAUUGGGGUUCUGACAUAUGUCAUGCUGAGUGGGGUCUCCCCCUUCUUGGAUGAGAGCAAAGAGGAGACAUGUAUCAACGUGUGCAGAGUGGACUUCAGCUUCCCCCAUGAGUACUUCUGUGGCGUCAGCAAUGCUGCCCGAGAUUUCAUCAAUGUGAUCUUACAGGAAGACUUUCGGAGGCGGCCCACGGCAGCCACCUGCCUACAGCAUCCGUGGCUGCAGCCCCACAACGGCAGCUAUUCCAAAAUCCCUCUGGACACCUCCCGCCUGGCGUGCUUCAUAGAGCGUCGCAAGCAUCAGAAUGACGUGCGUCCUAUUCCAAACGUCAAGAGCUACAUUGUCAACAGGAUGAACCAAGGGACGUAGCCACCUUCCAGCACUUGAGGUUCCACGUAGAGGUGCAGUGUGAACCAAAGCAAGACUGAAUGUGUCUGUAAAUAAUUCUCUGUUAAUUUUUUCCCUCCAUUUGGUUCUCUGGAUUGAGAGAUGUACCUCUUAAACCUUUACAGUGGUUAUUCAGGGUCUACGCAUCAAUAAAAGUCACCCUAAAUCCAGGGACUUUCCAGAAGGUCAUCCAGAAGGAAGAAAGAGAUAGUGAGUGACAGGAAGUAUCAAAAAGAAGAGCAAGGAUAACAAGAAUAUUAGAUGAACUGUCGUAAAAAAUUUUAAUCAUGCCUUCCAAAAUGAGUGGUUAACUGGGCAAACCUUAAGCUCUCUCUAGCGAGUACAAAAGGUUUCUGCCUUUGCUGAAAUUUCAAGCAAAAAGUUCUAUGUGACAGAGACAUCAUGUAUGUCAACUACUCCAGGUUAGAGGACUUAGAAAUAGUUUCUUAAUAGGAUUCAUAUACACAUACAGUAUAGUAUACCCAUUCAGGUUUCAAAGUUUUAUAAUAUAGAGAUAUAUAUGAAAUCAAUCAUAAGAAAGUUUGUGUGCUCCAGUUGAGACAAUAAUUUACUAACCGAAGCAUUAUAUUGUUUUGACUAAGCACAAAUAGAUGACAAGUUUUUUAGAGCAUUUUAUAAAUCUUGUACAGAAAUCUUUUACCAAACCUGUGCAUUAAGAGAAAUCAAUGUUACCCUUUUUCAAUCUGUAAACAAAGAGAUUUUUCUCUUGGUCACAGGUGAUUUGAUUAACAUAGGGUCUGUAGAUGGAAAGCUACCCCCAAAUUCUCUGGCAGCUCAGAGUUUAUCUGGCAGGAAAGCCUGCCAGGAAAUAAGUCCAAAUACAGUUUGAACUGGGGGAGCUAUUUUGGGGUCUACACCUGGUUUGAAAUAGGUAAAUCAGAAAAACAAGUUCAUACAAAAGGGCAAACAGAAACCUUUCCUACCGUUCCUAUGAACAAAGUAACGACACUUUCUGAUUUCUGCUAUAGCUGUAGAAUACAGCCCUCAGAAAGUUGGCUUGCUUUAUUUCUAACUCAUUGAAGCUAAGGGGUGCUUACCAAAAGGAGGCAGCCAUAGAAGCCUUUUAAAGGCCUGGCCCUAGUCCUUUUUGAAGCCAUGGAACAAAACCCAACACAUCACCCUAACAGAACACUGAGUUCUAACUGAGAUCGCAAUACCUAUCAUCACUCAGCUGCCAAUAUUUCUCUCGACUAAAAGGACUAAUUGUACUUGGAGGCCAACACUGCUCUCUGCUGUGUAUUCUCCAUACAGGAUUACUAUUAACUGCCCUUAUUUCUUCUGGUGAAAAAAAAAAAUUAAACCUGGACAUUUCAUGUUUUCUUUUAUUUUGUUUUUUAAUUUGGGGGGAGUUUUUGUGUUUGUGCUUGUACAUGGCCUCAUCCUUUGUUUUCUAUUUUUGAAAAUUGGUAUUAUGCAAAUAAUAUUUUAAAAUGUAACUCAGUGUUGGUCCCAAUCAGGUUUCAUGGCAACACUUCUCUCCUGAUAGGAUGGAGAAAUUAAACUCAUGCAGCACAGAAGUGCAAACAGAGGGUUUAUGGAGGAAAAACUGAAACUGUAAGCCUAUCUAAAUGAAAAAAGAAAAAAAAAAAGAUGGAAACUAAACCUGAACUUUAAUAUAUAAAAACACUUCAUCCUACAAUGGAAAUGUAGAAUUGAAAUACUCAUCAUUCUUUUCUCUUGGUUUCAAAAUCAACUUCCUCAUCCAUCCUCCACCCAUCCUGUCCAAGAUAAUAUAUUAAUAAAUUAGUAGAAAGUACAAGCAAUAAGACUAGAUAGCACUUAGUAUUUUCGGGAUUAACCAAAUAUGUGGAAACCGACUCUGUCUGUAUUUGUUUCCUAGUAUUUGAAUGGCCCUGGGUUGUCAAAUCUAACUCUCUCAGAGCUUACAUGACUAACCCUCUAUUUUCUUCAUUUGAACCUAUAUGUAUAUACAAAUACUAUAUGAUACAAUAUUUUAAAAUUUAAUACAUAUUUACUAAAACCCUUUUAGUAAACAUGUCUUCAUGAUGGCAUAGAACAUGAAAGAAGAAAGCCUGGUCCAUAGGGUUUGUUAUGGGAUAGUUUUAUAGGCUCUGGAUUCCAAUAUCCAUAAAGUAUGACUUUGCAAGUUCUGUUCCAUCCACUGUCAGUGACUUGACUAAAGAACACCCCUACCGAGGCAUUUGAGUUUUUAUGACCUUGUAGAGACAAGCUGAGUUUCUGCUUGAGAGUGAUGAGCCUGGGGCAAUUGGGUACAGACUGUGGCAGGAAUGCAUUAUUGAAAUAGUGUUGUGGGAGUGCAGCUGACAGAAUGUAUAUAAGCCAAUGCUUUUCCAUCAGCUUUUCCAUCAGAGUUGGGAUGCUCCAGAUGUGAGGUUGCAUAGAAUCCCCCUAAGUACACAUGUUGGGGAAAUGAGGAGACAGGAGAUGAGGGACAUAGAAAUGCAAAGUAGUAUGGUUUUGUUAACUGACGCCAAAGUACAAUCAAAUCAAAAUAGAAUCAUUCUAUUCUAUUAGAAUAGAAUGAAUUUAAUAGAAGUCCCAAGAGAAGGGGGGUAUAUUUUAUAUAGUUUGAUAAGUAAUACGGAGGCUCCCUGUCUGUAAAGCUCCUGGUCCCUCCCAACAGGUAUGUGAUAGUGGUUUUGGUUCAAGAAUUCUCCACAACAAGUUGGAAAUAAUAAUGAAUCCCAGUAAAUGGAGUGGGGAAACAUACAUUUAAAUUGCUCUGUGGGCAACUGUGGUGAGGGAAGAAGGAUCAGGGACAACACUUUAACCUGCCCUAGGCACAGAUAUUCAUUACUUGGUAGUAGAGAGGAGGGGAGAAAGAACAACUGUAAUUAUGGUAGUUCUUGAAAUCAAAACUGAAUUAGGAAUAGUGGACAUAAACUUCCAGUUAAAAUGGGAAAAAAUAAAUGUUGGUUAAACUCACAAGCUUCUUGCUUGGCAUAUAUUCAUUGCAUGGAGAUUUAUUUGAUUUUUGUUUUUGGUAAGGGUGGGAUGCAUAAAGAAGGAAAAGAUCAGGGACAGACAAUAAUAAUAAUUUUUAAAGUAUAAUAAGUUAUUGCAUUUUUUACAUGUUUCAAAUUAAAUAGAUUUACUUACAGCUGAAUGGGAGGAAAUUUUUAAGAAAAAAAAUGUAAUGUUGGAGGUGUCCUUCAGGUCUCCCACAGCCAUGAACAAUCUAAGGGGGAGUAAAGGAAGCAGAGGAGGAAGCUGGCUUCACUGCUUUGUGGUUCACAAAGCCUUUAUAAAUAGUAGUGCCUUUCAGAUGGGGAGAACGGGAGAUAAAGAAGUUCAUUGUACUCAGAUUUACUGAUAUUCAGCAAUUUUUUUCCCUUUAUUUUAAAAUGUUUUUUAAAUGAAAACAUCUGAAUAUAGGAUGAGACCAGGAAUUCUUGAGUUUCAACCUCAGCUAUUUCUGACCCAUCCUUCUUACAGAAAGGCAGCCUUUAUUUUUCCUGCCCCCAUUUUUCCCAUUGGCAAAAUGGGAGCUGGGGGAAAGGGAGGAAAACAUUAAUCUCAUCAGAAAUGUAGGAAAAUAUCAUAAGUUGGGAUGUCUAUAAAAUACUUUGAUUUUUUAAAGUGCUAAAUAAACACUGCCAGUGCUAAGAAUUUUAUUAAUAACUUUGAACAUUCCAGGUUUUCAAUAUUCACGUCUUUAGAUACUAUUUGCAAAUUCAUGAGAUUAAACUCUAUAAAUUGCAUUUUAAUAGGAAAUACUAGGUGCUCUUUAUUUGGUUAGCCUGUAUUUUGAUCAUUUAAAGCUUGUUUAGAGAAAAUGGUUUGAGAGAGCUGAAGUCUUAUUUGAAUAUAACUUUUUUCUCUAGUAUUUCUUAUGGCAGACAUGAAGAGUAAGAUGCUUUCCAAAGCAACAACUACUCUCUCUUCUCCUGCUUUAUGCUUUGGAAAAAUUGACAGGAAAGAUCCCAAACAGCCCUUUCCUCACCUAUGAGGCCAGAAGUAAGAGUGAAACAUCCUCUGAUAUCACAGCUUGUUUCUUCAGAAUCUUUCUCACAGUCAUCUAUUGUAAGAGUCUAGUUAAAUACACAGGUGUAGAAAGUGAAUUGAACCAUUGAUUAUUCGAGGGGAGACAUUAGAUCUUUUUUCUGAGACAGGCCUUUCAGGAGUAGCUUUCCUGUAGCCUCAAUGAUUUAGUGCCCAUGAGUUUAUCAGUACUUUUUUCUUGCCUAUUUAUAAGAGCAUGGAAAUUUAGAUUCGUGAAAAUAUGAAGGAGCAAAUAAGUUAUAAAUGAAAACAGUGGUUUUUUUCUGUGUGUGCAUUAACUAAAACAUGGUCCCAUGCAUUUGAUAGAGGAGGGAAUAUUUUGAACAUAAGUGGUCUCUAUAAUAGGGUUAAUGUGCAAAUUCACCACUUUCUUAGUCAGGGUGGCCAAUGAAAUAUACUGGACUAGCAUCAAGGAAUGUGGACGUCAUUCCUUUCUCUCUUGGGUAGCAUCUCUGUGGAGUCUGGGUUAGGCAAACACACCAUGUGAGCUUUCAAUGGAUUUAUUUGUAAAACUGCAUUAUGAUUUUUCUUAGUUAUUUAAAAUCCAGGGAUCAUUUGGAAGUGAUGAUUAAACCCUGGGCAGGAAGAUAAGGGUCACACAGGUUCCACCAAGAAAAGGGAAGCUAAUAUAUUAAUAUUCAUUUUCUAACAGCUAUGGACUCACAGGCUGAAAUCUGUGCAUAAAACUAACAUUUUAAUAGAAAAUAUUAUUCAUGUGGUAGAAGACAGAAAUCUCAUACAGCCAUAUUUUCUGUGAAGGCAUUUCUUCCUAAUUUUCAAUAUAUGUAGAAGUUGAGAGGAAAAGCAGUCAUUUCUAAGCCAACUUUUCAUCUUUAAGGGACAUAUUACAGAAAACUGAAAUCAAUCAAUACUUGUGGGCUGUUGUGUUUUCCUGUUGGCCUGUUUGCUGGGAGAUUCUAAAAUGUGAUCAGAUUUAGUGUUUAUUCUGAUGAUCAAGUUUAUCCUUUUGGUUUAGUCAGAUAACUGAUAUUGGGAUAGUGAGGACAGCUGAGAAAAGGGAGUGUGUUGAAAAAAGAGUGCAAAUAACUCUUGGAAUCCCAACUCCUGAGGCUUAAUCUAACUAAGCUAAUUUGCUAGACCAGGAGUAGCCAGCAUAGGAAUUCCAUCAAUGCCUGACUUCUAUUCAAGAAAUAGAUCCACAUUCUGGAAUAUUAUGGGGACUGUUACGUGACUUCAAAGACUGUGGUUAUAAACUGAAGUUAACACAAACAGAUAUCUUCUCUUACUAACUUAAGCCAUAUCUGUUAUCUGUGUUUGAUUUUUUGAUCCUGGUGCUUUCACUUCUGUUUCUGCCAAACUUCAGCCUACUCUAUGGGGAAGGUGAGUAAAACUAGUAGUAAGGACAAAUGUGAAGACUGUGAAAAAACUAAACCUAUUGUUCAGAAUGAGAUCCUAUUCAGAGUAUAGUAGUGAUCAGAGGGCAAACUGUUGGAAAAUAUGGAUAUGUGUACAUCUGUACAUGUAUAUAGUGUAUAAUAUAUAUGUAUAUGUUAUUGCUCAUAUGCAGAAAUCUAUCCAUUUGCAGACAGUCCAGAAGGUCAGUUUUUCUAUUGGAAAACCACUUAGGUUCAUUCAAAACCAUUAGGGCUGAUAUGAGUAGGACAAAUUUCACUCAUUUGGGAACUAAUCUGCUGUCUUUUGAAGUCUACAAGGUCAAACUAACAAAGCCUGAAACCUUGUAAUGGGGCCAUCAUUCAGUUUAUUCUAUUUGCCUAGAUUCAGAAGUAUCUUUAUAUUUGAAUUAUUACUAGUUGGUUUGCAAACUGCAUUGGUACCUGUUGGUUUUGAGUGACACCCAAAGUUUGGGGUGGGCUUCUCUGACCAUUUAGUAAAGGGCCUUAUCCAUAAGUGGACAGGUUUCCCCAUAGGGACAACUAAACAUAUACAUAUAAGUACAUGCAUCUAUCAGGCUUGUAACAAUCGAUUUAAAACCACUCCACAGUAUUGAUAAAUAGAUCUAUAUUUUCAAGGUGCAGAAGAAUUCCACAGCCUUAAUUAUUUCAGUGUCUUGCUGGUCUGCCUUAAGUGUAUCUUCUGGGUUUUUUGGUUGUUUUAUUAUUUUUAAAUUUUUCUGCAGUUUUCAUUUUGUAUGCACACGUUGUUUUGUAAAGGUAGGUUGUAAAUAUUUUAUUUGUAAGUCAAAAUCACUCGUGUAAUGUUGUAAAGUGAUGACCUACUGUCUUGUUAUUAUUACUAAAUGUUAUAAGUUAUGGAUGAAGCUUCAAAAUAUACAUCUCACAUGUUAUGCAU